UUGAAAUUUUUUACAGAUUUUUAUACAUGUUUCCUGGCGAAUAUCCCUGAAUUGUUUGUUAUAGCGGAACCAGUUUUUGGAAGUACGUUGGCAGCAAUUUGCCAACAUGAACAGAGCAUUGUGCCACGUUUUAUACAACUGGUUACGGAAGUUAUCGAAGCAAAAGGUCUUGAUACGGAUGGCCUCUAUCGGGUUAAAAAAUACUGUGCCUUGUCCGGUGAAGAUGAUGUCCAUGUGCUGACAGGAGCUCUGAAACUUUUCUUCCGCGAACUAUCGGAGCCGAUUUUUCCGGCCUCCUUAGCGAAAGAUUUCAUUUUUGCAAACAGAUUGCCAAAUGGCGAAACGAAAGUGAAAGCUUUUGAUGAUCUGUUGAACAAGUUACCGUUGUAUAACAGAGAAACGCUCAAAGUUUUGUUCCGGCAUCUGAUACAGGUAUCAAAUCACGCUGAUAAAAAUCGCAUGGAAAUUCACAAUUUGGCAAUUAUGUUUGGCCCGUCGCUGUUUAGCAGUGGUAAUGAAGUGAACAACGAGAACCGAAAAGGUUCCUCGAAGAAAGGUAAAGGAUCGGAGAAGAAAUCGAAGGAGAAGCCGGCCGGUGUCCAGAGCAAUUCACAUCUUGCCUUUAACAUGAUCAUGCAGGGACAGACCGUGGAAUAUUUGCUAAAAGAGUUCAAAAGAUUCCCAUCCAUGCAGACAGCCCCCGUUUCGUCUCGUAAGUGACA